AGUGCGGCCCAUUUAUUGGACCGAAUCGGCGAGUCCAUCGUGCGUGCUCCAAGUAGAGGCCGGCGAUGGCUACGACGCCGCUCCCUCCCGCCGGCCAGGUGGCCCUUCCGGCGGUCGGGAACCCCGGCGGAGGCGCCUCUGAGGGUAUGCCCCCGCCGCCGGGCACGGACAUGACCGGGAUCUGCUUCCGCGAUCAGCUGUGGCUCAACACCUACCCCCUCGACCGCAAUCUCAUCUUCGACUACUUCGCUCUGUCCCCCUUCUAUGACUGGUCCUGCAACAACGAGCAGCUCCGCGCCCGAUCCAUCCACCCACUCGAUAUCUCCCACCUCUCGAAGAUGACGGGGACGGAGUACGCGCUGAGCGAGGUGAUGGAGCCGAACCUGUUUGUUAUCAGGAAGCAGAAGCGAGACGGGCCGGAGAGGGUUAACCCCAUGCUCACGUACUACAUCCUCGACGGGUCCGUCUACCAGGCGCCGCAGCUCUCCAGUGUCUUUGCGGCGCGGAUCGGGAGGGCUCUGUAUCAUAUAUCAAAGGCUUUCAAUACUGCAGCCUCGAAGUUGGAGAAGAUUGGAUAUGCUGAUGCUGAAAAUGAAGAAUCUAGCGCUGAAUUGAAAAGUGCGAAGGAGACAAUUGAUCUCAAGGAACUAAAACGAGUUGAUCAUAUUCUUGCCUCCUUGCAACGCAAGCUGCCCCCAGCUCCUCCACCACCACCAUUUCCGGAGGGUUAUGCUCCAUCAGCCUCAGACGCAGAGAAAGGACCAGACAGCCAACAAGCCUCGGAGCAGCAACCAUCUGUAGACCCUAUAAUUGAUCAAGGCCCAGCCAAAAGGAUGAAGUUCCAAUGAUAAUUAAGCAGCAGAUUCAAUCGAAGUGCUUCUGCUUCAAGCAUCAAUCAAUAUUGUCUCUGGAUUAAAUACAAUAUUGCAAAAUAUUCUAAUUCCAAACCAACAUUUGCAGAAGUUGUAUGAUAUUCUCAUGGUUCAGUUAAAUCCAUUGUUAGUUAAUUCGA